AUGACCAACCCACAGGAUUCCAAUAAGCUUCAUAUUGCCAUGUACCCUUGGUUUGCCUUAGGCCAUAUGACCCCUUACCUCCACCUUGCAAAUCAGCUUGCCGAGAGAGGUCACAAGAUCUCCUUAAUUUUGCCCACUAAAACGAGAACCAGAUUAAACCACUUAAAUCUCCACCCAAACCUCAUUACCUUCAUCCCUAUUGAGGUUCCUCAUGUUGAAGGUCUUCCUCUGGGCACCGAGACUACCACAGAAAUUCCCCAUAAUUAUGUCCCCCAUCUCAUUAACGCCCGAGACCUCACUCAACCUCAGAUUGAAGCUUUACUCAUAACCCUUAUGCCUAACUUUAUUUUCUUCGAUUUUCUCAAUUGGAUUCCGGCAUUAGCACGAGGACUUGGAAUCAAAUCCAUCUUCUACAUGGCCAUCAGUGCAUCAGUGAAUGCUUAUUACAAUGUUCCAGCACGUAAGGGCCACGAACACGAGGAGGCCAAAGUAAUCCAACACCCAUCAGGCUUUCCACCUUCCCCUAUUAGGGUACACCCUUAUCAGAUCAGGCCUUUGUUAGACUUCCCCAAAUCAUAUGAGAAUGCAGUUAAGCCCAUGUUGGAAUGUGAUGCCCUUGCAUUUAGGACUUGCCGUGAAGUUGAAGGCCCAUAUUGUGAUUACUUGAUGGAACAGUAUGGGAAGCCAAUUCUACUCACUGGCCCUGUAAUGCAAUAUGGGUUGCCUGAGGCUUCAAGCCAAGUUCUAGGUGACCAGUUCUGGUCUAAGUGGCUCAGUGGUUUUAAGCCAAAUUCUGUUGUGUAUUGUGCAUUUGGUAGUGAAUGUAUUCUGGAAAAGGAUCAGUUUCAAGAACUGGUUCUUGGACUUGAACUCACUGGGUUUCCCUUUUUGGUGGCUUUAAAACCACCAUCUGGAGCAAAAACAAUAGAAGAGGCAUUGCCAGAUGGAUUUAAGGAAAGAAUUGAAGGAAGAGGAAUGGUUCAUGAUGGUUGGGUUCCUCAAACAAAGAUAUUGAAGAACCCUGCGAUUGGGUGUUUUGUGAGCCAUUGUGGGUUUGGAUCUAUGUGGGAAGCCCUGAUUAGUAAUUGCCAGAUUGUGUUUUGUCCCCACUUUCUUGAUCAGUUCUUGAUGACUGAUGUAUUGGUUGGUGGUUUGAAAGUGGCAGUUGAUGUGGAAAGGAGUGAAGAAAACGGUUGGUUUAAAAGAGAGAGUGUCUGCAAGGCGGUGAAGUUGGCGAUGGAUGAAGAAAACAAGAUUGGGAGAGAAGUGAUGGCCAACCAUGCCAAGUUGAGGGAUUUCUUGGUAGAUGCAAGUGCUCAAUCUUCCUAUGUGGAUGAGUUCGUCAAGGAACUACAACAACUUGCUGUUGCUGCUAAAUAAAUUCUAGUGAAUUGAAGAAGCU